GGUUGGGAUAGGACCAGGCCACCGGGAGCGCUUAGGGAUAGGACGAACCUGUUUGUUGUCCCCAUCGGAUACCCCCCUCUUUCUCUCGUCUAAUGGGCCUGCCCAGUGCGGGCCGUGUCCGCUGGUGGCUCCAUGAAUAAUUUAAAUGACCCUCCCAACUGGAACAUCCUGCCAAAUCGACGGGAGCCCGGGGAUGAAGGCAGCAGAUGGAACUAUGCCCUGCUGGUCCCCAUGCUGGGCUUGGCCGCCUUCCGUUGGAUCUGGACCAGAGAAUGUCAAAAAGAAAUAGAAAAAGAAAGAAAAGAAUACUAUAAAAGACAUUCAUCUUUACAAAAAGACCUGGAAGGCAAAUACCGGGAUAUAAUCACAGAAAACCGUCGCACAGUUGCUCAUUUGGAGCUGGAGCUUGAAAAGGAACGCAACAGAACCCUGAGCUACCGGGAAGCCCUUGUGUCCCAGAGUCGCAAACUAGUAGAAGAAAGAAGGAUCCUAGAACAGGAGCAGGAGAAGCUAGAGCGAGAGAAACAAGUCCUUUUGCACUCAGGAGCAGAAGGUAGCUUGUACCAAAGUUGUCUGGCAAGGGAAGAAGAAUGGCAAAAGAGAGCCAAUAAUUUACUAAAAGAAUUUGAAGAGGGACUUAAAGAAAGACAGGACAUCUACUGCAGUCUUGUGGUACCCAGAAGCCAGAGACUAGAAAUAGAGAAAAAUCUGCUAGUUAAAGCAGCAACUGAUCCUGUUGCUAUGGCUCUACAUAUGGAAAGUGGCUUAAAAGAUAUUUUCAAACAUGAUAACUACUGUGGCAAUAUGCUGAACCGAAAUAAAAGUCAAAAUGGAAGACUUAUGUGGCUGUAUCUGAGAUAUUGGGAGCUAGCUAUUGAGCUACAGAAGUUCAAGAGAGCAGAAAAGGCCAUGUUAGGAAAACAAUAAGCAGGGGAAGUAAUGGGAUUUCAUGUGAUCCACUGUGCAUAGUGGGGACAAUCACAGUUGUAGUCUGAAGCUGUUAAGUUCUCCUACUGUGUUUCCGUUCCUCCUCCUCAUUGCACUUGCAAAUGCAUGGGACUUAUGCAGAGGUUGCUGCCUUUCACUGUCUAACAACAGAUGCUACAGUUAGCUAUGCAUGCUCUUAAACUCUGUGAGUGUGUUUGUAUUGCAGACUGCAGUGUAGUAGAGAUAAUGCCAGCUUCCACAGGAAUCAGAAGCAGCAGAACAGGACUCAGUUUAGAGUGAUUUACCUAGUUGAUGGUCAUACUCCAUCAACAGAGAAGUGUGAUUUUUCUCCCCCAGUGGGAUAGCACAUUGUGCUCCUUAUCACUGACGUUUUACAUGGUGUCUCAACACUAUCUUAUUUUUAUUUUUAUUUUAUUUUUUUAAGCAAGACUGAGGCAGACAUUUAGAAGAGAUCAUGUUUGAGCAAGUUUCUUGCCACAUAAAUCCUACAUGUAUAUACAUACAUUUAUGUGAAUAUAUAUUUGUGAAUGUGCAUAUAAAUGUAUGCAUUAGUACUUUGAGGGAGGGGAGUAAUAUCAUAUUUCAAAUUAAUCAGUCUUGCAUUGUCUUCCAGCUUAAUAUACAAAUAGUAUUUUAUGAAUGAGCUAUCCAAAAGAUGCUAAUUAAAAUAACAGAUAAAGAAACAGGUUGAUCAAAGUCUCAUUGGAUCUUAGGAUCCAUGGUUGAAUACUUGAGAGUGUAUAAGCUCAAAGUUAUAUUCUCAUCAUUCUGGACAUAUAUUAAGAAUACUUACUUCUUUUCUCAGUCAAGGUUUUAUCUGUAAACCAACAGUGUGCCUCAGCUGUCAUUGUGCCACUGUCUCUGCAUCCCAGUGCACUGCAGUUCCUGCAACUGCAGGAACCUCCACAGGUUACAGCCAUUGCACUUGGUUAACACAGGUCCUUUUUGUUAUUUGCAGAUAGAAACCUAAAUGCAGCCUGCACUGAUAGCCCCUAUCUGCCUCUCUGACUGUGUGAGUUCUCCCAGAAAUGAAGUAUACAUUCCCAUGACUUAAAUUUUGAGCUUAUGGUUCACCACAUCACUUAUGCAUGACAUUGGAAGUCUACAGAUAUACAAGCUUUGCAAACUUUUAAGGGGGCUUUUUAAUUUAAUUAACAUAGGAAAACAAGCAUAUCUAGAUUUAAACUAAACAAGUGGGACAGUGCAUUUCCAUUCUUAAAAUCCCUUAAAACUCUUGAGUGUUCUCUGGGUCCCUGUAGCGGUAGGAACCACCUUCUUUUUUUCAAAUGUGCCUUGUAUUUUGGAGAGUAACUUUUUUUUAUUCCUCCUUUUGGAACUAGCCCUAGAACUCACAGGGGCAGUGUUUAUUUACCCUUUUGUUUAUAAUAUCUGGUGUUCUAUGGUACUUGCCUUUCAUUAGUGUUGAUAGGCUGUCAGUUCUUUAAUUAGCAGUUCUUUAUUUACUGAGGGCUAGACUUGACAAGCACAUUUUCUCUAGGCAAUCAGCUACUGCAUGGCAGGGAAGCAAUCUAGGUGAAGGCACAUCCAGGUUUUAACAGAACUCCAGCAGAUGUCGUUUUUUCUUUUAGUGUUUCCUCAUGGGUUCGUUUCAGCCUGGACACAGAAGACAGCAAAUAAAUCCUUUGAAGUAGCAUGUGCAACCUAAUGCAGUUGCUAAACAAAAAUAUCUAACAUCAAACAGAAUCCUUAAACAGAAUACAUGUUUGCCAGGUACUCAAUUUUCCAGUUGUGAUUGUGCUGUCCUCAGUAGUACUAAUUAUAUUGUUCUAUUGAUUUAUUUUUCUCUUAUGUACUAUUUUUUUAAAUAGAAUUGUAGUAGAUGGACAGACCUGGAAAAAAAAAUUUAAAUAAAGAAACUAUCACAAACACCAGAGAGGCCAAAACUUGUCUGGAUGCCAAGCAUAUGUGGGUUGGGAGAUGAGAAUGCAAUUGAGUUACUACUCUUGUAUGACAGCCUGAGGACAGCUGCUAUAGCUGCCACAUGCACACGCCCUUAUUGCCCGGUAGAACUUACCCUGUGUAUAAUUCCUCCAGGAUAUGGGAAGUGUCUGACCACACAGCUGUUACACAUUUCAUAUGUGCAUACAGGCAAUUGAGCAACUUGGCUGACAAACCGCAGCCAGUGAAUCAAUGCCAGUGUAUUUGAGAAUCAUGUCUUGGAUUUGUACAUAUUCAUUAGUUUUUACUCCUCAAAGGUCAGGCAUUUUAUGCUUUUGGGUUUUUUUUCAGUUUGUCAUUAACAUUCAAAAUGUUUAAAGAAAAUGUAAUCAAGAGGGUGAAUUGUAUACUUGAUACUUUUUUCGGUAUAAAUAUGCAAGUUGAAGCAUCAUAACACUCGAUUGUGCAGGGUUGGAUGCAAUGUAAUACGUGUUUGAUACUCGCUUUCCCUUUUUGAGAAGUAUUGAUUAUUUUUACAAUGAAUUGUUGAACUAUUUCUCAUGGAUACUUUGCAGAUCAGUAUAUAAAGACAGAAAAGUUAUUUGAGAAGGGUUUUUUAAAGUGUGUAAAGUUUAGAAGCACUGGUCCCAAUAGUUUCUACCAAAACUCAUGUUUGUUGAUCUGUUGCAUAUCUGUAGAAACAUUCCCCCUUUGUAAGUCAUCAUGUUGAAAAUUCUAUUGUGAGCUUUGUCUUGCCAAACAGCUCUUGUUCUGGAUUGGUUAUUUCUUUGGAAAUGCCCAUAUAUGUGUAGAAUGCAAGGAUCAUUUGUUUUCAGAAUAUUUCACAACCCUUUUUUUGUUACGAAAACUGUCAGUCACCUGUUAAACAAUAACAAUUAAUAAAAACCCUUACAUA